CGUCCGACACACCGGAGAGCACGAGCUCAAUAGAGCUGAUCUACCAAUCCCAAAUUUCCAAGUGGUCAAAACUCAAAAGUAUCGAACUUCUAACUAUCAACUUUCGACCCUCUCCCAGUCUUCCUUUUACAAAUCACUCGUCUCUCACCGUCGACAACCCUUUUUUACCAUAUCUUCCGGCAUUACAAAAUUUCUUAGCUAGACUGCAGAGAGAGAAAUUAUUCUGCUCUUUAACCUACCAAUCACUUCCAAUCCCUCUGAAAAAGAAAAUGAUCCGAUUCAUAUUGUUACAGAACAGACAAGGGAAGACGCGGUUGGCAAAGUACUACGUACCUCUCGAAGAUUCCGAGAAGCACAAAGUUGAAUACGAGGUUCAUCGGUUGGUGGUAAAUAGAGACCCGAAAUUCACCAAUUUUGUCGAGUUCCGUACGCACAAGGUUAUCUACAGGCGUUAUGCUGGAUUGUUUUUCUCCAUGUGUGUUGAUAUCACAGAUAAUGAGUUAGCUUACCUCGAGUGCAUCCAUCUCUUCGUGGAGAUACUGGAUCACUUCUUCAGCAAUGUGUGCGAGCUGGAUUUAGUCUUCAAUUUUCACAAGGUAUACCUGAUACUUGAUGAAUUCAUCCUUGCCGGAGAGCUUCAGGAAACGAGUAAGAAGGCUAUAAUAGAGAGGAUGGGUGAAUUGGAGAAACUCGAGUGAUUUUAAUUUGUUGUAGAUGAGUAACGCGGCAGGCAGCUUGUUAUGAGAUUGAUGAUUGAAUUUGUCUGAGUUCUCUCUUGUUGUCGAUUGAAUUCUGUUGGGCACAAUUCUCCCAUUAUAGCCUCAUUCACGGAACAGAUAUAUCCGUCCUGUGUAUAUGAUUGCUUCUUGUGAUUAUAGUCAAUUUUUGUAUUUUCUAGUUGA